AUAACCACCAUUAUUCCUUAUAUUCAAAGCUGUUAACACCCGCCAAAACUCAUUUGCAACAAAAAAACGAACUUCUUUACAUUUCAGUUCUUGAAAACUCUCUUCAAUGGCAACACAAGAAUCAGCAAGAAAACUAUUUGGACCCGGUUCAUACCCUCUUAUAAACCUUCUAAAUCAUCUCCAAAGCGACGACGAUAAUCUUCGUAAACAAGCAGAAACUCUGUUCAAUUACACCAAGAAAAACUACCCAAAUGCUCUAGUUCAGAAACUUUUCGAAACAGUUCAACGUAGUACCCCGAAAACGAAGAUUCCAGGUAUUCGAUGUUAUGAUGUUUUAAGUGAUAUUUUACCAACCCUUUGGAUUUCUCUUUCGCCAACUACAAGAAAUGAUUUAAAGAUUGGUUUGAAUUACAAGGUUUGGCUUGAAACAGAUUAUGAAAUGCUCAAGGCUUGUUGUUCUUGUGUAUCGAGUUUAGCGUGUUUGCUUUUCAAGAAAAAUGAAUGGGAUAUUCUGUUUUACUUUAUGUUUAGGAACUUGAGUUCGAAUUCUUGGAAUAGAAAGUUAGGUGCUUUGUUAUUAUGGAAUGAUUUGAUACCUAAAUGUCCUGAGGUUUUCGGAAUUUAUGUUGAUGUUUUGAUUGAGGGUUUUAGGGCAUUAAUGCCUACUGUAUCGGAAGAUCAUCGAUGUGGGGUUGCUGCUGCUAGAGCAUCUGUGAAGUUGAUGUUGUAUUUCGCGACUCCUUCGAGUUAUUCCAAGUUUUAUGGUCUUUUAGGGCAUGUUAUAAUGACCUUGUUUAUGGCACUUGGUGAGGAGGUUCUUGUUUGUAGUCUUCUUGAAGAUUUGAUUGUUUUAGCUGGGGUGGAGACCGCGUUCUUUAAAGUUCAAUUUGAUGUUGUUUUCGAGUCUAUGGUUAGGUUAGCUGCUAAUUUGGACUUAGUGGAAAGUUUAAGGCAACUUGCUAUAGAGUUUGUUGUUACUGUUGCUGAGGAUAGGGAGAGUGGAUGUGGGAUGAUGCAAACGGUUAAUCAAGAACUUGUUACGAAAUUGCUUCUUGUGUUGAUUGAUAUGUUGGUGGAUAUUGAUGAUGACCCUUCUUGGGGAAAUGCAGCUAGUGAUGAUGAAAAUGAAGGGGAGUUUAGUUCAUGUGGUUAUGCUAUGGAGAGAUUGGAUAGGCUAGCAAUUGCAUUAGGGGGAAAUGUAAUUGUGCCUAAUUGCCCUUCGAGCUUGUUCAACUUGUUGCAUAAUGAAGAUUGGCAAAUUCGCCAUGCUGCCGUUACUGCAUUUGGGCUUAUUUCAGAGGGAUGCUCAAAGGUAAUAGAAAUAUGCUCAAAGGAUAUGGAGCAGCUUGUCGAGGCUAUUCUGAAACUAAUCCAAGAUACGCACCCUCGAGUGCGCUGGGCAACAAUUCGCUCAAUUGGUCAGCUAUCAAAGUAUUUGAGCCCGUAUUUUCAAGAGCAAUAUCAGCAACAGCUCCUUCCAGCUUUGUUAGAAGUACUGGAUGAUUUUGAUAAUCCCAGGUUGCAGACACGUGCAACUUCAGCUCUACUUUUGUUCAGUCACAAUUGCAGUGCAGAUGUCUUGAAACCUUACCUGCACAAGAUAGUGAGUAAAUUAGUCGGGUUUCUACAGAGAGGAAUGACAAUGAUGAAGGAAGCAGCUCUGGAAACUUUAGCCUCUUUAGCUAUUUCAUCACAGGAGGACUCUGCAUACAUAUAUGAUUCUAUAAUGCCUUAUCUGAAAAUUAUCUUGCUAACUGCUACUAAAGAUACAAGUCCCAUGCUCCUGGCCAAAUCCUUGGAAUGCCUUACCAUGAUAACAAUGGCUGUUGGAAAUCUAGCAAUCCUUGAUUAUGUUGAAAAGGUCAUUACUGCGCUCAUUUCACUGCAAGAAACUGACAUGGAGGUGGAAGAUCCAAUGAGGUGCCUCUUGUUACAAGCAUGGGGUAGACUAUGCAAAUGCUUAGGGGUGGGUUUCAUUCCUUAUCUGAGUAUUGCCAUGCCCAUUGUGCUAAAAUCUGCUACGCUGAAGAAUUAUAUGAGUGUUUCUAAUAAUUCAGAUACAGAUGAUUCUGAUGAUGAAAGCAUGAUUGAUGUCACUACUGGGAACAAAAAGAUGGGGAUAAGAAGUGCACUUCUGGAAGAAAAAGCCUUGGCGUGUCAUAUGCUAUGCUGCUUUGCAGCUGAGUUGAAAGAAGGGCUCCAUUUGUGGGUUAAUGAGGUUGUUAGUGCUUUAGUUCCGAAUCUUACCUUCAAAUACAGCGAAGAAGUAAGAAUGGCCGGCAUUCCUGCAAUGCCAUUACUGUUAAAUUCAGCUGCUUGUGCUAUGGAGAAAGAGCUUCCUGUAACAGGUUGUGGCAAGUCCCCGGUUAAAAAGCUAUCUGACACUAUUAUCACGGCUUUGCUUGAUGCGUUAAAGGAGGAGUCAAACAUACAAAUUCAAGCAAGAUUGUUGGAGGCAUUCAAUGAAAGCAUUCAGAUUCCGGGUUCACAUAUGAGUAAACACCAAGCUGAAAAUUUUGUUGAUGGCAUAUCAAAGGUUCUCUCAACUUGCUCAUACCACAAAACAGAAAGAGAGAAAAGAGCUAAAGAACACGAAGAUCUAAGGGAGCUGGAACUACUUAAGGAGGAAGCUGAGCAACACUUAACUAUCUGUCGAAACAUUGGUAUUUGCCUGGGAACUAUGGUGAAAAAACUCAAGGCAUCAUUCUUGCCUCUUUUUGACAAGUUUUUGCCUUAUCUAUCACUUAUGUGGAGUAAUGAUAGAACAGCAGAAGAAAGAAGAAUCAUAGUGCACCUUUUCCGUGAUAUUGCUGAGCAGUGCCGAGAAGAAGCAUUCAGAUACUAUGAAGAGUGGAUACCUCUCCUGCCUAAAGUUUACUAUCAUAAGAAUCCAGAUGUUCCACAGAUUGUGGGAACUGCAAUUGGUAUUUGUGCUGAAUUCGGAGGAAAAUUCCUUAAGCCUCAUACUAUAGUAAUAUUCAAUCAUAUAAAAACUGUAAUGGAGCAUCCUAAUGCAAAAAACCCGGUUAACAUCAUGGCUUAUGAGGCUGCUGUUUCUACCUGUGGGAAGUUAAACCAGUAUGUCUCCGAAGGCAUCUACACCUAUGAGUUUAUAUUGCUUUGGCUUAGCCACUUACCAAUAAGGUGUAAUCUCGAUGAGGCUAAAAUCAGUCACGAACUGCUUUGUUCAAUGAUGGAAACGUCAGAGCAGAAAGUUAUUGGCCCUGAUGGAUCUUAUAUACCGACUAUAAUAACAAUUUUUGCUGAGGUUUUAUGGGCAGGGAACAACUUGGCCACAGAAGAAACUACGAGGCGAAUUAUCAAUCUAUUGAAGAAGUUCCAAAAGGAACUGCAGCCGCAUGUCUUGUCCAACAUACUUGAAACAUUACCUUUACCACAUCAAAACAUGUUGCGCACUGUCCUGACCACCAUAUAAAUUGUUUGUACAUUCUUUGAGUAGAUAUACAUGUACAGAGCACAGAAGCAGCUAACAGGAAAAGUAGCAGACUCAUACUUGUAGACACAGAAAGAUUACUGUAACGAGUGUGAUUGUAUGCAAAGGAUGAAGUAGGAGUGUGAUUGUGAAGGGGAUUUUUGUUACCAGAUUGAUGAAAAUAAGAUCUAAAUAUAGAUGGAAUAUUUUCUUUCUGCUA